AUGUUGGUCGACUUCAUGGAAAUUGGUACCACGCCGGCGCGGUUCAGAAGCAUCGCUGAGUGGCAUGAUGAGCGAGUAAAGCUUGCCAGAGAGAAGAAAAGUGCUAUACCAACGCGCGAGGAAAGUGAAAGAGAGUGGCAAGAUUUGCAAAACGAACGUGCCGCAAGGACGAAUGUUACGCAGCUCGACUAUCUCGGUUCAAACAGGGUGAAGCCGACAAAUUACAAGACAAGUCGGGAGCUGAAGGAAGCCCUCAACCGCAACGCUCCCGUGCAGGGUGACGCUCCAGUACAGGGUGGAACUCCGGUACAGCACGUUGUCCCAGCACAGAACAGAACUCCAGUACAAGAUGAACCACCAGUACAGAACGGAACAUCAGUUCAGGACGGAGCUCCCGCGCCGCACGGUUCUCCGGCGCUGAACGAGCCGCUUGCACAGGAUGAGCGUCCAAUACAGGAACAAACUCCAGGGCAGGGAGAAGCUGAACAGGGGCAUGGCCACAAGGUCCAUCUCAGACUGUUCGUGGUCGAAGAUCUCUCUCGGGACGUGAUCGAGCUUCUAGGCACACGUUUUGACAUUGAGCCCGCGUUCUUCCGUGAGCACAUCUUCGAUUACGCCUGGUGUAACACCCGAGACCCCUGGAUGGAUCCUCCGAAUCUCGAUGUUGUUGCCAGGGGCCAGAACUGGCUCCAGCUCCGGUUCGUCAGAGCACGGUACUUCAAGACAACGGAAUUAUUCGAGACGGGGCGCAGACAAGCUGACAAGUUCAACGUACAAAGAAGACCGGACGAUGAUGAGAACAACAAGGCGUACUGGGACGAAGAAGGAGCGAUCGUUGGAAUCACGAGGACAAGGGCGUCAUUUUGGACGAAGCAUAUCGAGGGUGAGGAGACAGAAGCGGUUGGCGUCUUGUUGCUCGAUCCGACAGUCAAGGAGGGGAAGCCGCUGUGGUGCGGUUAUCGUAACUGGGAACCCACUCCGAGCAUGGCGACCAAGAGAACGCCUCCUGUGUCUUCACAAGAGCCUCCAGCAUCAUCAAAUAAGAGCCUCCCUUCUCCAACGGACUCGUUCUUUAACCAUUUCGUUUACUGGGCCCAGAAACCAUACAGUUUCCGGUCGACGUCAUCGAGCAAUCCUGCCUCGAACGUCCACAUACCGACCCAGGCUCUUCUCCACCUCUGCUGCGCCGAGUGGCUCACCAUGGCCGACUACAUCAAAACUCGUCUUGGGCAGAUUGAUUGGGAAAUAGCUUACCCCAAGCACUUCAUCCGAAGAGACAACGACAUUGACGUCGCGCUGAAGAAGUUGCACACGUGGAGGCGGCUCGUGCCGCUGUAUCGAGAAAUGUUAAGCGAGACUCUCCAGCGAGUGUUCAAUUUCCCAUGUCACACCACAGAGAUGGUCAGCAAUAGCAGCGGCUUGAGUGGCCGAAGCAACAGUGGGACAAGCAACAGCGGCACCAUUGAUGGCACCAGCCCCUGCACCUCAGCGUCUGCCAAACAGGGUCCCAUCAGCGCGUACCGUGCUGACUUCGCCCGGGCUCUCUCCUACAUGGAAGAGUACCAACAACGCAUCGACCGCCUCAGUUCCCUCGUCGCUGCCGUCAUCAGUAUAGGGGACUCUCGACGCGGAUUAGACGAGAACAGGAACCUGCAACGGUUGACUUGGCUUGCCACUUUCUUCAUUCCACUCAGCUUUGUAGCCAGUCUUUUCAGCAUGCAGGAGGAUAUCGGCAAGCUGCGCCCAACGAUGAGAUUGUAUUUUAUAGUGGCAGUACCCCUGGUUACUAUAGCAUUGGUACUGGCGUUUAUACUGGCUUUACCAACGGUUCAGAAAUUUUUUGGGAGAGGACCUAAGAAUGAUUUGGAGGCGGCUAACAAGAAGAAGUCAUGA